UUCUUUGUUGCGAUUGGCUUCUGUGUGUUACACAGAUUCUUUCCCCGGAAAAAGAAAAAUUCAGAGCUCGGAGCUUCCAGGAAGUAAUAUCAAUGGGUGGCGAAGAUGAAUCGAUAGAGCAGAAGUCUGCUGCUCGUAAAGAGGCGCUUAGAGCUUUAAGGGCAGCUCGGGAACUUACUGAGAGCAAAGAAGAGGGAGAAGGUGAUGCUGCUGCUGCUUCUGUUGAAGAAGAUGGUCCAGCCAUGAAGUUUAGAAAUUAUGUUCCCCAAGCUGAGGAGCUUCAGGGCAGUAAAGUUGCACCACCAGAGCUGCCCAAAUUCGAAGAUCCAAUCGCUGCACUUCCACCUGCUGUGGAGAAGAAAGAGGACCCAUUUGUCAACAUUGCUCCAAAGAAACCGAACUGGGACCUCCGAAGAGAUGUGCAGAAGAAGCUUGACAAGCUCGAAAGGCGGACUCAAAAGGCAAUGUAUAAACUCAUGGAGGAGCGUGAGAAAGAACGUGAGACGGCCCAAGCUGAUGAAAACGCAAUAGAAAGUUAAAAGACCACGAUGAUACGACUUGAAAAGAAGCCACAGAACACUCUACUCAGUUUUUUUGUAUUACUGCUCUAUCCGAAGAGAGUAGCUCUUAGUGCCUUAUUUCAACUCUUCUUCGGAACAAACCUUGCCAAACAUGGUUUGAUUGAACUUCAGUUUAUAACCGGUUUGAUCUAAAAUGCAAUGCAAUUUCAGUUCAGAUCAA